AUAUUGAAAUUUCAUGAUGUAUAAAAAAAUAUGCUCCUUUGUUUUUUAGCAAAGUUAGGUCUGCUCUAUAUGAAAAAGGAAAACUAUAAAAGUGCCAAGGGAUACAUGGUAACUGUAAUUUCCCAUGAUCAAAAUGAUAUUUCUUAUAUCUAUAAUCUAUCUGUUGUUCUAGAUAAAUUAUCAGAUUUCAAAAUUGCUGCAACAUUCUACCUAAGGCUG